CUUCUCCGUGUGCCCAGGUGUGAUUGCGGACCCGAUUCCUCAAACCAGCCAAAGUUUAGUGAAGGUGGGGUACUGGUAGCCUGUGGCAGGGAGCUAUCCACCAUCUCCCCGCACUAACCACAGGAACAACGUCACCCAAUGCGACAGCUAGUAAAACUUCUCAGACGCCCACGACUUUGUUUCUCUCUGUCUUCUCCUACUACGCGCUUCAUCCACCAUAGUACUGCAUCCAUCAUGUCUUUCGAAACCACUGGCACCAUCGCCUCCUUUGGAGGCAAGCUUCUCAAGCUGAAGCACAAGUCCUCAAGCACCAACACAGACAUGGAGCUCAAUGUGUUUCUACCUCCCCAGGCAUUGAAGUCUGGAGCGAAGGUCCCCGUACUCUUCUACCUCUCUGGGUUGACUUGCACCGGCAACAACUGCUCCGAAAAGGGUUUCUUCCAGCACGGCGCAGCUCAACACGGCAUUGCUAUUGUGUAUCCCGACACAUCACCAAGGGGGCUUCAGAUCGAGGGCGAGGACGAGGCCUACGAUUUCGGCUCAGGCGCAGGCUUCUACGUUGAUGCAACCAAGGAGCCAUGGACAAAGGGCUACAACAUGUACUCCUACAUCACCAAGGAGCUUCCCGAGGCACUCUUCUCGUCGUUCAAAGAGCUAGACUCGAGCAGAGUCAGCAUCACAGGCCACAGCAUGGGUGGUCAUGGCGCGUUAACACUGUUCCUGAAGAACCCUGGAAAGUACAAGUCCGUCUCCGCCUUCGCGCCCAUUGCCAACCCCAUCAACUGCCCAUGGGGGCAGAAAGCGUUUAAGGGAUACUUUGGCGACGACCAGCAGCAAAAGUGGAAGGAGCAUGACGCAACAGAACUCGUGAAGCAAUGGAAGGGACCAUUGGAGAUUCUCAUCGACGUGGGCACUGGAGACAACUUCUACAAGCAGAAGCAACUUCUUCCGGAAAACUUCAUCGAGGCAGCCAAAGGCGCUGGCAACGAGAAGGGCAUCAACCUACGCAUGCAACCCGACUAUGACCACAGCUACUACUUUAUGGCUACAUUUGCCGACGAUCACGUUGCGUGGGCGGCGAAGCACUUGGGUGCAUACAGUUCGGGUAUCAAACAAAUGCUGUAGAAAUUAAAUUCACCUUCACAAAUAGCGUAUCGCUAAUAACUAUUCGAUUGCUCGAAAUAGACUUUUUCGUGCAGUGUGAAUCUUGAUCCGAUUGUUUCAAGCGUAC